CUGGAGCAACGCUCUCAGCCUGAACGGCACGCGCUCGGCCAACAUGAGGGGGCACGGAGGUGGUGGACUCCACUGGGACUCUACUUUGUGACACACUAUGAAGGCAAAACGAUCAGAAUCUGCGGGUCCCGGGACGCCACAGUGACAGCCAUGGAUCAUUUUUUCCGGAGAAAGCGUAGCGGUUUGCUCAAGUCCCUGAUCAGUCUUUCUUUGGUGUUCGCAUCGUUUCUGAUGAUCCACCGGCUGAAAGUGUCCGAGAAAGACGCGGCGGGGGUCAAGCACGCGAGGGACGCGAGCUGGUGUGGCUCCGAGUGUCUGUCAUUCAAGAAAGGAGGUGUGAAGCUCCGGUGGAGAGAGGUCUCGCAGGUCCGGACCCCUGAACCGGAGUCCGUGCGCGCGCCCAACAGCAGCCGCGCGUCCUGGGACGCGCAGGUGCUCAACAACUGCAGCGAGGACGCGUCGGUGAAAAAGCAGGACUGGUUCCGGCGGCUGGACCCCAGGUUCCACCAGUUCGUCCUGCACAGACACUGCAGGUACUUCCCCAUGCUCAUCAACCACCCGGAGAAGUGCGGGGACGGCGAGGUCCACCUCCUGAUGGUCAUCAAGUCCGUCAUCGAGCAGCACGACCGCCGGGAGGCCGUGCGUAAGACCUGGGGCAAGGAGCUCACCGUCCAUGGGAAGAAAAUCAAAACUUUAUUUCUCCUGGGGACCCCGACUACCGGGAAAGACUCCAAAAACCUCCAGAAACUGAUCGAGUACGAGGACCUGAUCUAUAACGACAUCCUGCAGUGGGACUUUAUGGACACCUUCUUCAACCUGACCCUCAAAGAGGUCAACUUUCUCAAAUGGUUCGACAUCUACUGCCCGGGCGUGCAGUUCAUAUUCAAAGGGGACGACGAUGUGUUCGUGAACACGCACAACCUGCUGGAGCUCAUCGGGUUUAAAGUGGAGGACCGCAAAGAGGCCAGCUUGUUCGUGGGGGACACCAUCUCCAAGGCGAUCCCCAUCCGAAACAGACAGAGCAAAUACUUCAUCCCCAAGGAGCUUUACGACAAGCCGUACCCUCCGUACGUCGGGGGUGGGGGGUUCCUGAUGUCCGCCCAGUUGGCCAGGAGGCUCUUCGUGGUGUCCGAGGACCUGGAGCUGUACCCCAUCGAUGACGUUUUUUUGGGCAUGUGCCUGCAGAAGCUCGGCGUGGCCCCGGAGAUGCACCCGGGCUUCAGGACAUUCGGCAUCACCAGACACAGGGUGAGCCCCAUGAACAGGGAGCCCUGCUUCUACAGGGAGCUCAUCGUGGUGCACAAACUGAGCGCGCAGGAGCUGCUCCGGAUGUGGAGCGUUGCGCACAGCCAGGACCUGCUCUGCGCGCAAAGGACCUCCGUCUGA